AAUCGAUAUCACCACUUCUGUAACAAUUAUCCACUGCUGGCAAUUUCUAUAUUCUACAUCUAAUUGUUCAUUCUAUUUCCAUCGUUUGUGCUCACCUAAGAAUUCAUAACAAACCUUCACUUCAGCCAAAUCCCUGGAAACCUCACAUAACAUUGGCCAUGGCUACAUCAGCACCAAAGCACGUCGUCUUCGACGUCGUCGGCACCUGCGUGUCCUACGACGCCAUCUUCGAAGCCCUCGAGACACGCCUUGGCGAGCGUCUGCGCGAACAAUGUAUCAAGCCCAAACUUUUGGGUUACACCUGGUUCGAGGCGGCGGAGCGUGAGUACACAUACCUCAGCAUCUCAGGUCGCUACAUCCGCUUCUUCGACGUCUUCAAAUCUCUUUUCUACCGCAUGCUGUGGAUGGCGGGCAUCGAAGAGCCGCGGGAAUUCGCAACUGACGAUGACUUGGCGUACAUCCUCGAGCAGUUCAUGAAGCUUGAGGCCCGGCCAGGUGUCGCGGAGUGCUUUAAAUUGCUAAGGGAGGCCGGGUUCACGUGUUGGGCUUUUACAGCUGGGGAUGUGAAUCGCGUGCGUGGGUACUUUACGAAUAACGGCAUCGAUAUGCCGUUGGAGAACUUCAUGUCGUGCGAUAGCUUAGGCAUUGGAAAGCCGGCUCCAGAGUCGUAUCGGCCGUUGCUUGAUCGAUUUGGUUCAGAGGAGGCUUGGUUUGCGGCUGCUCAUAUGUGGGAUGUGUCUGCAGCGAAGUCUACUGGAUUCAAGGGAGCGUACUGCACAGUCUGGGAGAAGGAGCCAUGCAUAGACCUGUUUGGAGAGAUGGAUGUUAUGGCUAGUAAUUUCCCAGAUAUGGCACGUGGGAUCAUUGCUGCAUCUGAGGCACGGAAAUCGUAGGAACUAUAUCAACCUGCAUGAUUAGGACGGAAAGGGGGACGAUUUGCGCCAAUAAGGAUUGACGGUAUGCUUCAAACGUAAGUACUUAUAGUUCCGAAUAACGAAAAUGGACAUCUUCAAAU